AUGGCCGCCGAGGCGAAGUCUCCCACCGCAGGCGCUGCUGAAAGUGGCGCUGUGGCCAGAGGACCAAAUCUGCCUCAAGCCGUUCCUACCCCGGCCAAGACCUACCUCGUCACUCUCCCACGAGAGCUCAUCCUCGAAAUCAUCAAGCUCUGCGUACCUCCGCGGACGCUCAGAAACAUUAUCACACUUUCUCUUGUGGACAAGAGCCUUCGCGAGAUGUGCGUUCCGAUACUCUUCAGGACCUUGAAGCUGAGCACCACCGAUGUCGAACUUCUUGGCCAUAUUCAAGUUCUCGAGAACAGCCGCAUCCUUGAAAUCGUUCAGUAG